AGAAACUGGAUGAGAUCUUGGCCGCAGCUGAGCCCGCGCUGAGAGCAGACAUCGUCGAAGCGGAUUCCAGGGCAGCCACUGUGAAGCAGCGACCAACGAGCCGGCGCAUCACGCCCGCAGAGAUCAGUUCACUCUUUGAGCGCCAGGGAAUGGCUGCACACACGGGGGUCCUUGCGGGAGCCGAGAAGCCCCACGUUUCACUGCGCAAAGGAAUCCCACGGACAAAAUCCGUAGGCGAAGACGAGAAACUUGCUGCUUCUUUGCUGGAUGGGAAGUUUCCCCGGAGCACAUCGAUGCAAGACACCGUUAGGGAAGGGCACGGGAUCCCGCCUUUAAAGCCGACCCGGGAAGCCAAGCUCCACGGGCUCCCGCAGGUCAUCAGCGCAGCCGAGAUGUACGACCAGGCGAGGACCUCCAUUCCCUACCCGGAAAGGCAGAAGAGGGCUCGCUCCAUGAUAAUCCUCCAGGAUUCCUCGCAUCUUCCUGUGGAGCCCACCGAGAUCCCCCGGCCCGAGAUGUACGACCAGGCGAGGACCUCCAUUCCCUACCCGGAAAGGCAGAAGAGGGCUCGCUCCAUGAUAAUCCUCCAGGAUUCCUCGCAUCUUCCUGUGGAGCCCACCGAGAUCCCCCGGCCCGGUCCGUCCGCCACGCCCCCAGAGAAGCUGAAGAGGAAGGGGCGGGUGAUCGACAACCCCUACGCCAACAUGGGUCAGUUCAACGUCAGCCUCUUCGCUCCCACCAAGCCGCAGAGGAAGAAGAGCCCCCUGGUGAAGCAGCUGCAGGUGGAGGACGCCCAGGAGAGGGCGGCGCUGUCCAUCACGGGGGGCUUCACCAGGGAGCCCUCGCCCACCCGCAGGAGCCACCGCCUGAGCGGGGUGGAGUACCAGCACCACGCCGGCAUCGCCCAGGUCGAAGCCACGAGCAUCCCCUUCGCCACUGCCAUCGCCGGGGUGAUGAAGGACAGAGACCGCCGUCUGGACGAGAGGCGGAAAUCCACCGUCUUCCUCUCGGUCGGGGCCAUCGAAGGGAGCCCCCCCAGCAGCGACAUGCCGUCCUUGCAGCAGUCCAGGUCCAUCGAUGAGCGGUUGUUAGGAAGCCGAGAUGUUCUACUGCCUUCCCCUGUCUCAGCUUUAAAGCCAUUAAUUAGCAGCUCAUCCUCAACCUUCAUCCACCCCCUGACGGGAAAGCCCCUGGACCCCAACUCGCCACUGGCGCUUGCGCUGGCCGCAAGGGAACGGGCCCAAGCCCCACCCCGGCCGCCCCCCCCGAUCCACAGCCCCGACUCCGACAGAGCGGCGCCCCUGUUUGUGGACAUCCAAACCAAAGAACGGGAGAGGGGGGACUUGGAGAGCUUGGUGUCCCCCGCGUACUCACCCGCAGGCAAAGCCGCGAUGGGGGCGGACGCCGGGACGUUGGCCCCCGUGAAGAGCCCCUGGGGGACUCCGUCCACGCUGAGGAAGGAGACCGAGGUGCGAGCGGAGACGCCCAGCAAGGAGGAGAAGAAGCAAGAAGACAAGAAGUCCAUGAUCAUCAGCAUCGUGGACACGUCGCAGCAGAAGACCGCCGGCCUCAUCAUGGUUCACGCCACAAGCAACGGCCAAGACGAGAUCGGGCUCGAGAUCAAGGAGGAGAAGCCGCCCGUCCCCGAGGUCUGCACCGAGUCAGUGGAGUCCCCCAAAGCAGAGCCCCAGCCCAGCCCCGCGGGGCAGCCCCCGGUCAGCCCGGUCUCCGACAAGACGCUGGGCCAGGGGAGCUCGGAGGAAGAAGUGGAGCCCUACACCGUCACCCUGCCCCCGGCUCAGCUCUCCUCCAGCGACGAGGAGACCAGGGAGGAGCUGGCCAAGAUCGGGCUGGUGCCUCCGCCGGACGAGUUCGCCAACGGGGUCCUGGUCACCACCCCCGGCACCCCGGUCAGCCACCUGGCCGCGCCCGGCGCGCCAUCCUCUUCGGACAGCGAGCUCAUCUCCCAGCAACAUGCGGCCACUCUGGCAUCUGCCAGCAUUGGCCGGCCACGCUACCUCUUUCAGAGAAGGUCCAAGCUAUGGGGGGACCCCAUGGAGAGCAGGCCCGUCCAUGGGGCUGACGACGACAAGCCAACUGUGAUCA